GAAGGAGCAGAGACAGAAGGAGGAGCAGCGCCUCCUCUCCGUGGUUCUCCUCCUCCCGGUUCCUCCUCCCGGUUCCUCCUCCCGGUUCCUCCCCGGUUCCUCCGCCAGCAGCAGCUCCUCGGCGGCUCCUCCACCCACGGGCGAUGGCGAGGCCGAGCCACAGCGACCACGUCCUGCAGCAGCUCAACAACCAGCGCGAGUGGGGCUUCCUGUGCGACUGCCUCAUCGCCGUCGGGGACAUCUACUUCCGGGCCCACAAGGCGGUGCUGGCCGCCUGCAGCUCCUACUUCCGGAUGCUGUUCAUCCGGGACCAGCAGGGGGCGUCCCGCCUGGACCUCAGCAACAUGCAGAUCAGCGCCGAGUGCUUCGACCUCAUCCUGCAGCUCAUGUACCUGGGCCGCAUCGCCGUGGGCAGCUACGAGUUCGAGGAGCUGAAGGCGUCCAUGGCGUCGCUGCAGAUGUACUACAUCCCCGACUCGCUGGACGACCUGCGGGACAUCCGCAGCUCCAACCUCACGUCCUCCUCUGCGUCCUCGUCCAGCUCAUCCGCUGGGCCGGCCGGCGGCAAGAUGAUGUUCGGGGUCCGGAUGUACGAGCAGGCGAGGCCCGCCGCGCCCGAAGCAGAACCCGGACCCAAACCGGGCGGUGGCGGCGGCGGCGGCCGGCCAGCGGUGCCCGCGGUCCCUGGCAGGCGGGCGGUGGAGGAGCCGGCGCCGGCGGCGCUGCUGGCGGCGGCAGAAGCGUCGUCCGAGCAGCCGUGCGACCUGAGGAAGAGGUCCGGCGGCCGGAGCUCCGCCCUCAAAGACCGGCCACGGUUCGGACGCACCUACACCUGCGACGACUGCGGCUUCGUCUUCAGCUGCGAGAAGCUCCUCAUCGAGCACAUCCUGACCUGCACCAACAGGAAGUCCUACCCGCCGCCCCGAGGCGCCGAGGGCGACGACUCCAGCAAGGCCGAGAGCUCCACCCCCGAGAGCGCCGACGACCACCGGCUCCUCUGCAAAGGAGAGCGGGACUGGCCCGAGGCCACAGCCGGCGCCGCCCUGGCCAUCCGGUCCGUGGCCGCCGGGACGGACGCCGACCCCGGGUCCGGCGGAACCGUCAAGACGGAGCCGGAGGAGAGCGCCUUCCCGGAGAUCGCCACGAUCCGGGCCGGGCAGCGCGGCGCGCCGUGGGAGGAGCCGGGGUCGGAACCCCACCCGGAGCCCGGCGUGUCCGACGCUCCGGACGGCCACGCCUCCAGCGGCGACGACUCGGGGAUCCCCACCAAGCUCCCCAAGGUCAAAGAGGAGCAGCCAGACGCCGACGGCGCCCCCUGCGAACUGUGCGGCGCCCUGCUGGCAGAGGAGGACAAGUCCGCCCACUACCUGUCCAACCACAUGGGACACAUCUGCGCCUGCGGCCGCUGCGGUCAGGUGCUCAUCAAGGGCCGGCAGCUGCUGGAGCACGCCGAGCGCUGCGGCGAGGCGCACGGCGGCGAGUCCGACUCCCACGGCGAGGACGAGGACCCGCACGGGCUGGACGAGGGCCUGCUGGAGGCGGGCGACCUGGAGGCGGGCGACCUGGAGGCGGGCGACCUGGAGGCGGCCGACCUGGCCUGCCCGCACUGCGGCCUGCUGUUCCAGAGCGAGGGCCUGGCGCUGGAGCACGCCCUCACCUGCCACGACCAGGAGCUGUUCCGGCCGGCGGCGCUGGAGGACGGCGGCGAGCCCGACCACCGCCGGAAGCACUUCUGCGGCAUCUGCGGCAAGGGCUUCUACCAGCGCUGCCACCUGCGCGAGCACUACACCGUGCACACCAAGGAGAAGCAGUUCACCUGCCAGACCUGCGGCAAGCAGUUCCUGCGCGAGCGGCAGCUGCGGCUGCACACCGACAUGCACCGCGGCAUGGCGCGCUACGUCUGCCCCGUCUGCGACCAGGGCACCUUCCUCAAGCACGACCACGUGCGUCACAUGAUCUCCCACCUGUCGGCCGGCGAGACCAUCUGCCAGGUGUGCUUCCAGAUCUUCCCCGGCGGCGAGCAGCUGGAGAAGCACAUGGACGUCCACCUGUACAUCUGCGGCGUCUGCGGCGAGAAGUUCCGGCUGCGCAAGGACAUGAGGAGUCACUACAACUCCAAGCACACCAAGAGACUGUAGGGGGCGCCGCCGCGCCCGCCGCCACCGC